CGAGGUCUGAUGGUGUGUUUAUUUUGAUGGGAGACUGGCGGACGACAAGAUUGGAUUCAUGGGGUGCUAUUGUUCCUCAAGAUGUAUACGCUGUUGAAUGGAUUCUACAAGUAUCUGGUGCAGAAGGACGAGUAUUUUGUGCUCAUUCUCGGGCUUGAUAAUGCCGGCAAAACGACCUAUUUGGAGGCUGCUAAAACGAAAUUCACGAAGAAUUACAAAGGAAUGAAUCCCAGCAAAAUAACAACGACAGUUGGUCUCAAUAUUGGAAAAAUUGAUAUCGAUGGUGUGAGACUUAAUUUCUGGGACUUGGGGGGUCAAGAGGAGUUGCAAUCACUCUGGGACAAGUAUUAUGCUGAAUCACACGCAGUUAUCUACAUCGUAGAUUCUUCAGAUCGUGAGAGGAUUCCCGAUUCCAAAGAAACGUUUGAUCGAGUGAUAUCUUCAGAGCACUUGACUGGUGUUCCCUUAUUAGUUCUCGCGAACAAGCAGGAUAUUCUAGAUUCAAUGGGCAUAAGAGAAGUUAAACCUAUAUUCAAUCGCAAUGCCCAUUUGAUUGGAAGAAGAGACUGCAUGGUGAUGCCAGUUUCUGCAUUAAAAGGGGAUGGAGUUGACGAAGGGAUUCACUGGCUCGUCGACUGCGUAAAGCGUAACAGCGACGUUCGACCCCCAAGAAAUCAAGACGACAACUGUUUAUCAUAGGGCCCCCUUCCAACCCCCAGCAGUCCCCAAAAACGUUUCUUAUCGUUCACUGAACCCAAAUCAUAAUAAAAAAUUCCAAAAGACUGUUACACAUGAGUAAUAAAAUUUGAUUACAUUUA